GUCAAAGUUUGGAGAUAUGCUCUGCAUGUUUGGUAGAUGGCAAGCAUGGCUGUCACAGGCCACACAUAGCUAUGCUCUCUGAGGCGUUUUGCCAAAGGCCGGCUUCUUAGAACAAGAUAUCAGGGUCGGCCAACUCUUUUAUUCUGGUGAAUUGACUCGUCGUACAGCAGUGACUCAAUGAGUAGAUGCAGCAGGCACAUCCUCGUCGCAGACCUGGUUCCCGUUGACAGAGGCUCAGUACCUGUGAGCUCCGGGGAGCCCUCGCUCGUGUGACAGCCUCUUCACACUUGUACCUGUCUAUAUUUGACGAAACAGGUCUUUGAUAUUAGCUAAAAGCCAGAUCAACUAAAAACGAUCCAUCAACCUCAGCCUGUGUACACUGUCAUUCGUGAGAGCGUCGUCGGAGUUUGAUACUGUGAUUUGGCGUCUCGGAGGGCGACAGAAUCCUGUCCUUAGUAAUAGCGCGACCUACGAACAACCAAUCAGAGUCUCGGAGACCCAUUUUUAUGAACUUCCUGCCACUAGCACUACCAGCGGUGGGUUGAGGGGGCCGCUCAUCGCCACUACACAAAAGCAACAGCUCUCUCGGGUUGGUAUUCAAUCUCAUGGUCUCGACAAGAAUGAAGUUUUGAAAAUUUCACACGUUAAUGAGAGUUGAUGUCUUAGCCCAACUUUUCGGACUGCUUGCGUUCUCCCAUUCCCCGCCGCGAGUGAGAUGAGACCCCGCAUCAAACCUCUCAACCGCCGCCCCAAAGUCACUUUCAUCAAGCGUGCAGCAGCACUACCACCACUACCAGACAUGGCCGCUGCUUCGGCUGGCGAGUUGCCGCAAUGCCCGGCAGAAAGCGACGUGGACGAGGAGUUCAUCGACGACUCCGCCAGCGAUGACGUGCUGAGCACCGAGCCCAACGCCGCCGUGCCAGACCUCUUCACGGCGCCUCCCCCCAUCCGUGAUACGCUCGCGACAGCCACGUCGCAGGCCCAGGACGAGACGGUGCGGGAGUGCGUCCCGCUGCUGGCCGCGACGGACGCCGACAUCGACUACAACGCCCACGGAGUCCCCUCGCUGCUCCGCGACAACCACGUCAGAUUCCUCCAGAAGCAGCUGGGCCGGUUCCCCGCCCCGUAUGUGGCCGCCGAUGCCAGUCGCCCGUGGUUUCUGUAUUGGUCUCUCAACGCCCUGGCCCUGCUAGGCUACGACACGGCGUCGUACCGAGGGGACCUGAUCGAGACGGUGCGGACCAUGCAAAACCCCUCCGGUGGCAUGGGAGGCGGUCAUGGGCAAAACUCCCACCUCGCCACGACCUACGCCGUGGUCCUCGCCCUCGCCAUCGUCGGCGGUGAGGAUGCCUAUGAAGCCAUAGACAGGAAGUCCAUGUGGAGGUGGCUCUGCUCCCUCAAACAACCGAACGGAGGGAUACAGAUGACGCUAGGCGGAGAAGUAGACGUCAGGCUCUCCAGGGGAGCGUACUGUGCAGCCGUUAUUGUAACCCUCCUGAACCUUCCUCUGGACCUCUCCGCCGACUCGCCGGCCUGGACGCCCGGCCGGCCCACGCUCUUCACUGGAUUGGCCGAGUAUGUACGCAGAUGCCAGACGUUCGAGGGCGGAAUAUCGGGAAAGCCGGAUGGUGAAGCGCAUGGAGCGUACGCUUUCUGCGCCCUAGGCUGCCUCUCGAUUCUUGACACUCCGCACCGCAUCAUUCCGAAAUACCUUGACGUGCCACGACUCAUCUCUUGGCUCUCGUCACGUCAGUAUGCUCCAGAGGGUGGCUUCAGCGGCCGCACGAACAAGCUCGUCGACGGCUGCUACAGCCACUGGGUCGGUGGGUGUUGGCCGUUGAUUGACGCUGUGCUGAAGGGUGCGAGAGAGCUCGAGGAUCAGCCGACCAGCGGUCGAUUUGCCCCGCACCAGGGUAGUCUGUACAGUCGUGAAGGGUUGAUCCGGUACAUUCUGUGCUGCGGCCAGGACCGGUCGAAACGUGGCGGCCUCCGUGACAAGCCCAGCAGGCCGUCGGAUGCGUAUCACACUUGCUACGUCCUCUCGGGACUGAGCUCGGCCCAACACCAGUGGGAUCUCACAUAUGUCGGCGAAGACGAGACGAUCCUACCGGAGCCUAGGUGGGUGGUGUCGCCCUGUGCUGAGGAUACACAGAUAUUUGACGAGGAGGACCGCGUCGGGACGACCCACCCCGUCUACACCAUCCCCCAGGAGAGCGUCGACGACAUGAAGGCGUAUUUCGCGUCCAAACAGGGAUUCUAAAGCCCGCCACCGAAAAGAGUGGCCGCUUCCAAGGCGGCCAUCUCCCCCCCACCCCCUUUGUGUGUAUGAAGGUGUAUAAUAACGAGAAGGAGGAGGAGACGUCGGACGUUCUGUGUCACGUGGGCUAUGCGAAGCAGGAGGGCUGGGCCGUUCAGGGUGGCGGAGACGUUGCCGUGACGAACUCGGCAAUUUCAAAGCGCGCCUACUGACGGGUCCCUCCUAAGCUCUAGAAGGGAAACAAAAGGAAUGGGGACAUCGGAAGGAACAUGGUGGAACGUCACCUGCAGCUCGUGGCCCAGGUAGGGUGGCGCGCGAGGGAAACAGAGAAAGAGAAAGAGAGACAGAUCUCGGACAGGGAUCGUAUGUGCGAGUUUGAACAACUCAUCAACGACAAUAUGGCAGCGCAGGGAGGACAGGUUGGUGGCGGCGGCGGCGGGCGGUUGUGGUUGUGCAUGUCGAGUUCCAGGCUGGGCCUCCCGAAAGGUCGAGUUGCAUGACCAGGUGUGCAGCAUACGAAUCGACGGAGGAAAGGGCAUGUCUUAUGACAGCAGGGUACUGCAUAUCCAAACCACAUUUCUGGCCUUCCAAGGGGACCAACCGGCCGCUGAGGCGAGAGGGAAAGGGGGGGAUCUGCAGAUGCCCUUCAGUGUGUACGUCGCUCACCUCGUUCGUCAUCCAUCCCGCAGCGGACCAACAUAUCCCGCCAACGCCACUUCACGGCCGGAGGCAGGCGCUGCACAUGAUCUGGAAGAAAGGGGUCCUUCUACUGCUUGCUUAUUCAGGCGCUCGACGCCACGACGUGGUGGCAGCGGAAUGCACAUCAUCCCCAAGCCGGGGCCAAUCUCGCGCUUUGAGCCCCUGCGACACGCCACUCUGAUACCUCUGCCGUGCGGUUCUCGUGUGGUGUGGCCGCCCACCGACGCCGUCGCGUGUUCUGUCUGUACUAAAGUAGUUUGACGGUUACGGGACGCUUGUGGGAUGCUUGUCUUGGGAUGGCAGAUUUGAGACAUGAGGGCAGCGGAGAGACCAGCCCCAACCCCAACCCCAACCCCAGCCUUAGUCCCGAGACUGGUGAGAAGCAAGAGAAACCGGAUCAGCAUUGCUGUGCGCGUGUGGACGGACAAUAGGUUGCACGAGAGAGAAGCACCUUGCUGCGAGCGAAAGCGUGGUGGACAGUCAACCCCGGCAGAAUGACCUGACCCAUGGCGGCCACGCGAAGUUCGAUUGGCGCAUCUCGCCUUACAGCAGCGCGCAGGGCCUGGGCGCAGAUGGCUUAGUUGUCAUACAUGAGGGGGACGCAGGCGGCCAACCACUCUUUUCGAGAUAGGCUUUGAUAUCAAAACAAACAACAGCAGCAACAACAACCACAACCACAACAAGAGCCGGCAAGUUCCUAAUUGUAUUCCUGGUCGCUGAAACUGGCCGCUUGUGUCUCGAGAGGGAAUGUGACUUGCAAUCUGUUCCUUGUAGAGGCCGCGUCGUCGGCUGAUACAAGCGAGGAGACGCACAAGUUGGAUCCGCCAGGCUGGAGUCGACGGCGAGCGGCGUGUUCAUGUUGUUCGUGGCUCAUAGCGGAAAGAAGACAGAUUAGUCAAGCUGAGAAAAGUUAAGUGACUAGAGCAGAGAUGGUAAGACAGUGGCGUGGUAUGUCUUUCUGCAGGCGAAACGGUAGAACGGCGGUCUGGCAUGUGGUGCAACGUCGAUUUCAACGAGGGUCCCACUUCGAGGUCGGACGCCUCCUUUGAUUCCGAUGAAUCCACAUCGGCUUGUCGGGUCCGUUGGCAGAUUUGUCCAAUGGCGUUUUAGGUAUACAAUGACGUUGAAAGAAGGCCAUAUGUGUUGUUUCUUUCGGGCGGGGUGAUGGGGUGUGGCAGAUGGUCUGGCGAAGAUGGGCUCACUGAAGGCCCUCGGUGGGUUUCUUCUUCUUUGCCUGAUACACAAGAGGGACGCCAGCCUAAUCACGAAUUGGUGUUCCCAGACCACCGGAUCCCGCAGGUUGUGGUCUCGAAAAGCCCGGCUAAGAUGGGGUUCUGUGCGACGGCGGAUGGGCAGAGCACAAUGGCCAGAUAACCCGAGACGGUGAGAGCAGUCGCGCGUGGCCUGUUUGUGGGAUUCUUUUCUUUGUUUCCUUUGCCGCGGUACACCGGUGACAAUAGUACGGAACGACAAGCUUGGUGGGGUUGUCUGCCACGCGCGCGCUCUCACCCUGACUCUCGUCAGGCGUGCAUGGGGAAUGACAAGAGGUGGAUAAGGACCCUCAAAAAACGUCUUGAGAGGGAUCCCAGGCGUAGUGAGGAUGUCCCCAAUCCGAUUUCUGGUUUCCAGCCAUGGUACGGAGAGAGUAGAGAGAGGGACGGACAUGCACUUUGGGAAAAGGGUCGUGCUUUUCGGAGGUGUGUCUAUGUCGUUCGACGUUGGAGCACCGGAUCUUGGUUGACAGGGUUAGCCCGAACUCGGUUUAAAGCUAAGGUUCGGAGAUAAUUGGCUGUUGCUGGAUUGUCCAAUCUCACAACGAUUUUGUCGCGGGAUGUUUUUUCUCUCACAAUAGACGACAUGCCAUGGUUUUCCAAGUCAAGUCAAGUCAAGUCAGGUCAGGUCAGGUCAGGUUACGUUGAUCCAACCUCCUCCCCCCUCGUCCCUGCCUCGUUUCCCCACUACCUACCUACCUGGAUGAGUUAGUUGGGUAGGUACCAAGAUGGGUACAUUGGAAGGUAUCGAGGUAUCGAAG